CCGGGCCGGGGUCAGCGGCGGGGCCGGUGAGUGCCGGGGUCGGGCCGGGAUCAGCGGCGGGGCCGGGAUCAGCGGCGGGGCCGAUUCAUCUGGAAGGAACAUAACCCUGCUGCUUCACCGACUGGCUGGAAGCAGAGGCUCAUCUUCCCCUCUCUGUGCCUGUGUGGCCACCCUGAGCCAGGGCAGGGGAAGGGAAGCACAGGACCCCUUUGGAAGGGAAGCAGCAGGACCCCUUUGGAAGGGAAGCACAGGACCCCUCUGUGAUUCCCUGACCUUGUCCAGGGGAACAGGAUGGAUGGCAGGGAGUGGUACCAAAUGUUGGUUCCAGCAGAGUCCAAGUCUCUUCUGUAAAGAGAACUUCCAGCAUCAAGAAAGCUGAAAAGCAAAGAAAAAACCCCAGAAUGGAAGGAAACAGCCCCAGUCUGCAGCUCCAGCAGCUCCCGUUGGCCACAGCAGCAGUUUCUGUGCAGCCACACACAGACUCCUUCUCCUACAAGGAGAACCUGAUUGGGGCACUUCUGGCUAUUUUUGGGCACCUUGUCAGCAGCAUUGCCCUCAACCUGCAGAAAUACAGCCACAUCAGGCUGGCAGGCUCCAAGGACCCCCGGGCCUACUUCAGAACCAAGACCUGGUGGAGUGGGUUCCUGCUGCUGCUGCUGGGGGAGCUGGGAGUGUUCUCCUCCUAUGCCUUUGCUCCUCUCUCACUGAUUGUGCCCCUCAGUGCAGUGUCUGUUGUGGCUAGUGCAAUCAUAGGAAUUAUAUUUAUUAAAGAAAAAUGGAAGCCCAAGGAAUUUUUGAGGCGUUACGUGCUGUCCUUCGUGGGCUGUGGCCUGGCAGUUGUUGGCACUUACCUGCUGGUGACAUUUGGACCCAAUAGCCACGAGAAGAUGACAGCAGAAAACAUCACCAGGCAUUUAGUGAGCUGGCCAUUCCUGCUCUACAUGCUUGUGGAGAUCAUUGUGUUCUGUCUGCUCCUGUACUUUUACAAGGAGAGAAAUGCAAACUACAUUGUCAUUAUUCUCCUGCUGGUGGCUUUGCUGGGUUCCAUGACGGUGGUGACAGUGAAGGCUGUGGCAGGGAUGGUCCUGGUGUCCAUCCAGGGCUCCCUGCAGCUGGACUCACCCAUCUUCUACAUCAUGUUGGUGUGCAUGGCUGCCACAGCCAUCUACCAGGCCACGUUUUUAGCUCAAGCCUCCCAGCUCUAUGACUCAGCUCAGAUCUCCAGCAUUGGCUACAUCCUAUCCACCACAGCAGCAAUCUCAGCAGGAGCAACUUUUUACCUGGACUUCAUGGGUGAAGAUGUUCUCCACAUCUGUAUGUUUGCACUGGGGUGCCUCAUAGCAUUCCUGGGAGUUUUCCUGAUCACCAGGAACAGGAAGAAGCCCGUCCCCUUCGAGCCCUACAUCUCCAUGGAUGCCAUGCCAGGCAUGCAGAACAUGCACGACAAAGGGAUUGCAGUGCAGCCUGACCUCAAGGCCUCCUUCUCCUACGGCGCCCUGGAGAACAACGACAGCAUGCCAGAAAUGUACAGCCCAGCCACGCUGCCCAUCGUGCAGGAGCAGCACGGGCCCAGGGGCGUCUCUGCCCCUCCCUACAGGGUGCUGGAGCACAGCAAGAAGGAGUGAGUGACCUUCAGGGACUCGGCAGUCUGACCUUUAUUUAUUUACCUGUUCAAAUAGAAGCGAGCGUAAAGCCGACCUUGAGAAGAGUUUUAAGCCCGUCUGGAGCUGAACUUUCCAGGCUGGUUAUUAAAAUAAACAACUUUUUCUAGUUGGGAACUUGGCAGGGAGCAGAUCCCAGUUGUGCAUGGACUGCUGCUGGCUGGGAGUGUGGACUGAUGGACUGGGGAGUGCAGCCCUGUGGAGCUGAUGGGAGAGGAGAUGCUGUGCAAGUGACUGUGCAGUUUUCAGCCCUGCUGGGAGUGGUUCUAUCUCCAGACAAGUUCUCAGGAGCUGCUCACAGGGAGAGGAGGACAGGAUUGAAUCUUUCAUUUACAGGGACUGUGACAGAUUUCCAGGAAGGCUCUAAAUCCUGGUGUGGCCAUGGAGCUCCCCUGACACAGCAAUAAAUGGAAUUGUUUUGAAGCACCAA